AGAAAAUUCAGAUAUCAGAACAAGCACAUCUGCUGUGUAUGAGUCUACUGGGAAACGAAAAAUGUUCGGUUCCAAAUUGCGAUCAUGGAUGGAAAAUCAUAUUGUGCGACCGAGAAAAAAAGGAAACAAAAAUAAAACCGGAAACAGCGGCAACAACUUCGGAGUCCUGACGACGCAAAAUGGCUACAAAGGCGGAUCGUUCACGGCAGACUCAACCAUCGGUAGCCCGGCAAGACGCAGCGAAGUUUCGCCGAUCCAAAGUCAUACAACUAGUCGUCGCGGAUGGCACUCGCCGAAUCGGGACAGCGUACCGAUUUCACCGAAAUCUGAUCACUACCCCGUUCAGCACCGGAUUCACAAUGGACAAGCGCACGAUGGAGGCGCCCAGUACUGGACGAACUCAUACGGUACCGUGAACGGUCCAUCCGGGCCUGCUUCGCUCGAUCAUCAACAACUGCACAACUCAGUGUUGUCCUCACCGAGAAGCAUCUCACGAAACGGAUCAACUUACACACUAGAGCCAGGUCCAGCCAACGUCUACUAUUCGAAGAGUGUUGACUCGUUCGCAGCUGAUACAGUGCUGCCCUUCGGCAUGCCGGAAUUCGACUUUCAUGCCGGCAGUACCGGCCCAUCGAGAGGUGUCAUGACUGGCGCGAUGUCCGUCUCCACUGGUCACAAUGGCCACCUGGUCUCACGCUCGGGCACUACAACACGGGGCACCUACUCAACUGCCAACAGUUCAAGUAACGAGCUGCUCGAAGAACUGCACUCGCUUGAAGGUGCUCGAAUCAAACGGCUGCAUCCGACCACAGCGCGCAUCAGCUCGUCAUCGUCCUCUUCCGUCAACUCGACCCACCUCAAUGUGAACAACAAUUAUAACAACAAUAAUCAUCUGGUCAACGGAACGUUGCCCUCGCACUACGAAGCCUCUAAUGAGCAUCACCAGCAGUCACUAUCGAGGAUCGUCUCUAACCAACCAACCGUUGUUGCACCGGCUGGCGAGACCAAAUAUGGUAAACUUCUGCACAAGCAGAACCCGCCUCCACUGAAGUAUGGCGUACCACACCCCUAUUAUGAUGCCCAGCAGCAGCACAAUGGCAUCAACAACAACUCGGUCUAUGCCUCCAGCAGUAACCAAGCGGCGAAUUCUACUAAUGGCAGUGGGGCAGCUGGCUCCGGUAGUAAAAAUGUCUCCCCGUUGCCAUCGCGGGGCUCGGCGACCUGCUUGUCACCGGUAUCCCGUCCGGCUGGCCCCAGUGCCAAAAGUAAUCGCAUUAUCAAUGGCAAUAACAAUAACAAUAACAAUAACAAUAGCAUCCACUUUGAGGCUGCGACUUCCGGCAGCAAGGCGCCCGUCGGCGGAAGCUCGUUGACGGCCAGUUUCGCGAGCAAGUUCCACAAGCUAACGGGAAACCGCUCGACUUCCGGUGCGAGCACCGCCAUUGAGGGUGGCGGCUCGAGCAGUAGCAGUAAAUUGAAUCAUGUAAAUAAUAACAGCAGCAACGCUGUGCCAAACCGAGCAGCCGGGAGUGCCCUCAACACUACGCAACAUCCACACUACCAGUACCAAAUCAAUAACACCACGACACAUCUGCAUCCUGCGGGAAAACAGGCGCCUCCAUCGUCGUCAUCCUCGUCGUCCUCGCCACCACCGGCAACGCAGCCCCUAGGCACUCUUGCCCCAACGCCGUCACCAAACGCCGGUCACCAUCUGCAUCAUCCAUCAGCACAUGGUCACCACCAUCACCACCCACACGGGCCGAUGGGUAACACGCUUUCGUCACCCGAGAGUGCCUACUCGACCGGGUACUCCACCGACGGCACAUCCCCGGGAGGUUGCUCCUACACACCCGAGUACUACAUCAACAUCCGCACGGGGACGCACUACUUCCCGAAGGGCACGACACUACCAACAUCCCUGCACGGACGCGGCCCAUCUGGGCUCGAUCGCACGGGUACGAGUACAUCCGCGAGCGUCCACCAUGAGAACGGUUCCAAAUUCAAAUGUGCGCUUAAUCGGAUCGAGGAAAAACAUGUGGAGUUUUCCGCCGACUCGGAAACGCACGUUUCUGGGCCACGACCACCGACGACACCCAAUCUGUCCACCUUCAGGCCUGCUUCCGGGGCCGCCGGUAAUGCCAGUGGAACGACGUGCGGCUUAUCUCAGCACCAGCAGCCGUCAGUGGCAGCCCAGUCGCAACCUAACCAGCCGCCGAAUGCAGUCGCCAUGAGCCCUAUUAUGCAGAAGAACCUCGGCAUGCAACACUACCGAAGCAUUGAGUCUCCCUCUCCACGUCAGAGGUGUCGGAUUCGAACGAACCCUUGGUUGACGACUGCCGAUGGAGCCCUUGCCAGUGCUAACUGUCUCAAGCGCACGGAGCAGGAUUCUGGAUCGACUUCUUCCGGCAUCAAAUCAAGUAGUGGAACCGACGACAAUAAACACGAUAGCAAGCAACCGAACGCGCUCUCAGACACGGAUUCCAGCUCGUCGACGGAGAAGAUCGUCAACAGGAAGAUGUUUACGCCAAAGAGUCUGAAAAAGAUGGGAGACUUUUCGCGACUGGACAGCAAAUCCGCACCGGUAACGAUCGGUUCGAACCAGGAGAGUGACGAAGACGCCACACUCAACGAAAUGAUGGGCAAAUUCGAUGAAAGCUACCACUACGAGAAGGAGACUGACAUUUUGAGCUGCAGCGAUUCCGAUCCCACGGACUGUCCGACUGAUAUAGACACCGGGCAAGAUGCAGGCGACGAGUGUGACACGGACGAUCUGCUAGACAUGGACUUCAUCGAUACAGGCUCGAUGCAAGAAGUGCCGGAUAAGGAAACCUACCGCCACACGGCCAGCUGUUCGAUUCACCACUUUCCCGAGAGGAAAGCAUCCUGUAAGCAGGGACACCAGCAACAGCGCGUUCAGAGAAGCAAACGGAGCAAUGAACACAGCGGAGGCUCCAAACGACGGAAGAAGUUGGUUCGGACCAGGAAGAAACCCACAGAAGGUUCAACACUAAGCGCAGGAACCGGAACUGGCGACUCUGCAGCUGUUGUAAAUCGUGGAUGCCGAAGUCUCGGAGGAACGCCUAUGUCACUACGACGCAACCAACCGGAUCCAGAACAUCGAACACCGACGAGAAGUUCCCCACUCACUAACCGGUGUAACUCGCUCACCUUCACUGAGGUGCAUUCGCUACACAGUCGAAUUCUGGCGAUAUCCGAGAGCGAAAAGGCACUCCUUCGUGCGGAUUUGGAGGCGGACGUCAAGUACAAACAGCUGAUUCACGAAGCUGAAUCAAUCCUGUUCUCUAUGAAGAGCAACAGCUCCAUCUGCAUUAAGGACCUAGCGUCGGGUCCUCCACCGUUGCCUCCGCGAGAGCCACCACCCAUACCACCUGCAACGUCUCUCCCGAAGGACACGCCCGUUUCCUCUUCGUCCACCACAAUUGCCAGUCCACGGCGGGUUUGCAACCCUCCGGCAAACAAACGAGUCGAAAUGUUGCGCAACUGUGAGGCCGAUCUAAGGCGCGAACUAGCAAAAACGUGUUCUCAAAAGGCCUCCGAUGGAGUGGUUACCCAGGCUGAGCUAAACCCAGCCGAAGGCGUGAUAGUUAAUAAACGACUGGAGGUGCUUCGCUACGAAACGUCCUGCUCACUGUCGGCCCCGAACAGCCCCAAAAACACGCGCGUCCUAUUACCGCGGAAAACGCACGUAUCCAACUUCAUGCAUCACCAACAAGCCAACCGAUCACCGAUCUGCUCACCAGACGCACUAGCAAAUGACCUCAAACAAAGUGCCAACCUUUCGCCACCACCGCCACCACCACGGCGAAUGGUGUCAAAGUCUCCGACCAUCGUGCGGCGACGAUUCCGCAGCCAGAGCCCUCAUCUCAACAUCGAGUCCGACUCGGAUUCGGAUGCCGACGUGAAUCGCAACCUCGACUGUAGAGCAGCCAAUGCUAAACCAUCCCACCGGAGUGGUGGUGGCAAUAAUAAGGAAAACCUCGUCAACCACAAACCUCAGACGGGUGCGAUUAUGCAGCCAUCCGCUCAAGGUAUCCCCGGAAAACAGAUGAACAACUUCCGGCAUACGAUCCACGGGCUGGCUGGGGGAUCAGUGAACGGUGAUGACACACCAAACGGCUGUGACUACGAUGACUACGGCGUCGACAACGCAGCAAACAGUCCUAUGCAUAAUGGGACUGGUGGAACCGGAGGCAUGCACAAGUCGCCGCUGAUAUCAUUCCGUUCGGUAGACAUCGGCUCACCGGUCACGGAUGACAGCUACUGUCCACAGAGUGAACCUCUAAAGCGAAAGAUCUACACCUGCAGUGCGGCAUUUGAGAAAAUUCAGCGCAGUCUACACCAGGAUCCAGACACCAAACAGCAGCUUAUUAUGGACACGCUGGCCGAAAUCAAGCGCAGCCUCGAGGAUCAAAGCGUCGAAUUGAACGAAUUUAACCAGUAA